AUGUCUUCCGCGAAUACGAGGAGUCGUACAGGGUGCCUGACCUGCCGCGCACGCAAGAUCAGAUGCGACGAGGCCCAGCCGAACUGCGCAAACUGUCAGAGGGGACACCGUGAAUGUGUCCGCUCCGAUCUCCCAUUCCGACACCAGCAGAACUCGGGUAUUAGCAAUAGUAGCGAGAAACACCCUUUCCACAGCUACUUCAAGAAGAGCCAAACGUACAGUGAAGAACAUCUCAUGGCGUUUCUCCCUGUGCCCCAGCAAUUGACUUGGGUCUACAUUACCAACCCAUGCGCAGAAGAUGCAAAUGCCGUCACGCCUCCUCUUUCUCGAACUUCCAGCAACUCAGACAUGGUCCAGCAGGUCGCUGCUCCCCACCCAUACAUAGAACAUGCAAGUGCCAUCACGCCUCCUUUUGCUCGAACUUCCACCCCCUCAGACAUGGUCGAGAAGGUCGCUGCUCCCGCCUUGGAAGCCCUUGCAACCGCAGCAGCAGAAGAGACGUCAUAUCCUCCUCAGAUCACUAUACACUACGCGCCCGCAAAUCCUGCGACAGACUCCCACCCCGAGUAUGGAUUCGUCCAAGCUGAACCUGGUGGCGGUACGAGUGAGGACUUCUAUGAGAGGCUUCACUACUAUCUCAGCAGCUCGUCUCCCCAGAAUCAGACCGACUUGUCUUUGAUCGACCCAGAUCUUGAGUCCAGUGUGAACGCGAAUUGA